AUGAUAGAAGAAAAUAGACUGGACAAUGUUCUCCGUCCAUUCAUCAAAGAAGCAAAGCAGGAGAUCAAGGAGCUGGAGAGAUCAGAGAAGACACCUAAAGGCUUGGAAAAGUACAACAAGAACUGGGGGAAGCGGAGAGGAAACAUGAAGAUGGGGUAUACGUGGCUUGGAAUGAAUAUCGGAGGUACCAUGGAGAUCCAGCUAGUUAUUGAUGGCGAAUUGUCAAACUCAUCACACUCCUUUGACAUAAUGCUCUGGAUGGAUUCGAGGUAG